UAAUGUGAAUCGGUAGACAAAGCCAACAUCAUGCCUUUUGAUUUGACGUGUGUAUUAGCAGUGGACUGAUGAUUUUGGAUGUGAGCAGCAUUUAUAUCGUUUGGUGCACACUUUUUCCAGUUGGUUUGCAUAAAUUUUGUUUAAUCAGUCACAAAGUACAGAGAAACUAAUUCCAAGAUGACUUAUAGCGCAAAAUGAAAACGCAGCAAAAACUUUCCACGGCGUUCGAAUGUGUGAUAAUUCGUAAACGUGUGCUGAAGGGUCACCAGGCAAAGGUGCUAUGCUCCGAUUGGUCACCCGACAAAAGGCACAUUGUUUCAUCAUCACAAGACGGUAAACUGAUUGUUUGGGAUGCAUUUACAACCAGCAAAGAGCAUUCAGUGACAAUGCCAACAACAUGGGUUAUGACUUGUGCAUAUGCACCGUCAGGCAAUUUAAUCGCUUGCGGUGGUCUCGACAAUAAGGUCACAGUUUAUCCCGUCAAUUCGGAUGAUGAGAUGCAAUCAAAAAAGAAAACUGUGGGCACGCACACAAGCUACACGUCAUGCUGCAUUUUCCCCAAUUCGGACCAACAAAUUCUAACAGGUAGCGGUGAUUCCACUUGCGCAUUGUGGGAUGUUGAAUCGGGUCAGUUAUUGCAAAGUUUCCAUGGACACACCGGUGAUGUGAUGUCAAUUGAUUUGGCACCGAAUGAAACGGGAAACACAUUUGUGUCGGGAAGUUGCGAUAAAAUGGCUUUCAUUUGGGACAUGCGUUCGGGAUCAGUGGUGCAAUCGUUUGAGGGACAUCAAUCCGAUGUGAACAGUGUUAAAUUUCAUCCAAGUGGUGAUGCCAUUUCAACUGGUUCCGAUGAUAGCACGUGCCGUUUGUAUGACAUGCGAGCCGAUAAAGAGGUAGCCAUUUAUGCAAAGGAUAGCAUUAUUUUCGGUGUGAAUUCAGUUGACUUUUCGGUGAGUGGACGUCUAUUGUUCGCCGGCUACAAUGAUUACACCGUCAAUAUUUGGGACACGCUAAAACAGCAGCGAGUUUGCUUGUUGUACGGCCACGAGAACAAAGUAUCAUGUGUUCAGGUGUCACCGGAUGGUACAGCUCUCUCGACCGGCAGUUGGGAUUAUACACUUCGUGUUUGGGCUUAAAUCAAUUUUCUAUGAUUGAAAAUCGUGAAUCUUCGGGAAAUCAAUAUUCUCCCAAUCAUACGCAUAAACUUUUGUGCACAAAACAUUCACUUCAACAAGAAAAUCAGUUUUAUCAUAUUAUUUAUUGCAUUCAUCCAUGGAUAUGUAUUGUUUUUGACGUUUUGUUAUUUAUUUAUUCAUAUAUUUAUCUUCUCAACCAUUUACGAGAUUAAACCAAAAAUACAGCCAAAGAAUUGCAUUCGAUGCGAAAGCAUUCGAACAUUUUAGCCAAAUUAAACAAUUUUAUUAGAAUAUAAUUCCAAUAGAUUUUCGUUGUAGACUAAUUUGCCGUGUGCUCAAACGGACGAUAGUUUAUUUACCAAUAUUUAUUUAAAUGUUAUAUAACAAGAAGAAAUGUGAAAAAUAUACCGAUAACUCAGUAUGCAUGUUAAAUCUAAAUCAAAAA